AUGGUGGCUUGGGAAAAAAAUCAAGACAAAUCUUCAGAGGAAAUGGAGGGAAAAUUGUCUCAGAUACAGGAACAAUUGCAAAAGUUGAUGGAAGGUAUGGUGAAUAUCAAUGAUAGAAAUGUACAGACAGAUAAGGAAUUAAUGGAGAUCAAGCAAGCCCUAGGAAAUGCGAAACAGAAGGACAAGGAGAUGGAUCAGAAUAGAGUUGUAUCAUCUGUGGGUGGAGACAGAGAACAGGGGUUUUGCUAUGCAGCUGGGAAUUUCCAAAAUUCUAAUGGUAAAUUUCUUAUCCGAUGUUCUAAACUUGAUUUUCCUAGAUUUUCGGGAUCGAAUUUGAGGGCAUGGUUAUAUAAUGUGGAUCAGUUUUUUGCUAUGGAUGAAGUUCCAUAUGAUCAGAGGGUGAGAGUAGCUUCUAUCCAUUUGGAUGGUGAAGCUAUUGUUUGGCAUAGAUCAUACUUGAAGUCUAGGAACACAGUUAUAGACCCUUUUUGGUUUAAGUAUGUGUUGGUUGUUAAUGAAAGAUUUGGGGAAGAAUUUGAAGAUUCCAUGGAAGCUCUUAAAAAUCUACAACAAACUGAGGAUGUUAGAACAUAUCAGGCUGAGUUUGAUAGGUUAUUGAAUGGGGUUAAUUUGUCAAACGAAAAUGCUAUUAGUUGUUUUAUAGGAGGGUUAAAAACUGAGCUCAACAAGGCUAUUAGAAUGCAAGCACCCAAAACCUUAAUGUUUCAGGUUGUACAAAAACCUACUUUCUCUAGCACAGCUGUCAAGAAACCUUAUGAACCUAAUGCUAACACGUUCAGUAAUGGUAAUACUGGUAGAAGAUUAUUGACUGCUGCUGAGAUGGAUGAGAAAAGGGCUAAAAGACUGUGCUUCUUGUGUGACGAGAAGUAUAUGCCUGGGCAUGUUUGUAAAUCCAAGAAACAGUUAUGUUUGGUUGAAUUUCUGGAGGAUGGGGAGGUAAUCAUGGAGGAAGAAGUGUUAGAAGUGGGUGAGUGCAUGCCAAUUUCCUUACAAGUAUUUACUGGAAGUACAGGGUAUCAAACAAUUAGAGUAACUGGAUACCAUGAAAAACAACCCUUACAGGUGCUUAUUGAUACAGUUAGUGUGGCUGAUGGUAGGAAGGUUCAAACUGCUGCAGUGUGUAAAAAUCUGAAGUGGUUAUUGCAGGGUACAACUUUUUCUUCUAAUUUCCUACUACUACCAUUAGGGAAUGUUGACAUAGUGUUGGGUGUGCAAUGGUUAAACACUUUGGGUAGGAUUUUGUUUGAUUUCAGAAAUAGAACUAUUGAGUUUGUGCAUCUAGGGAGGAAACAUGUUUUAAGGGGAGCCAGUAGCCAGAUCAAGACCACCAAGGCCCAAUCCUUAAAUAAAAAGAGUGCUGAUUUAGUUCAGGUCUUUAUGCUAACCUUGGUGACAGAUGCAACCUCUGAUAUGCAAUGCAACAGUAUACAAGUAACUCAAGGUACUGAUAUUCAUCCUACAUUAACUUUUUUAAUGGAACAAUACAAGUGCCUCUUUGAUAUGCCUAGUUCAUUGCCCCCUCAUAGAGGCAUCUUUGAUCACAAAAUUCCAUUCAUUGACUCAGCUACUCCUGUUAACAAAAGGCCUUAUAGAUAUCCUGGAAUGAAGAAAUAUAUUAUUGAGAAGCUAGUAUAG